AUGUCACCACCAACACCACCAAACCUGAACCCCAAUCGCACAAAACCCCGCGUCGUGCCCCGCGAAGAACUCUCCCGCGCAACCACCUCAAGCCACCGCCUCGUCCAAGACCUCCAAGACGAACUCCGCGCGCAAGCGCAGGCGCACGCCCAGCAGCAGCAACAACAAGCGGCACACCGAGCCCAGCGCCAACGCCCUCGCUUCUCUUUCCUUUCCGCCCUCCGCGCCCGCUACGCAACCCUCCCGCUACCCUUCCGGCGCUCCGUGCGGGUCCUGGGCGCCACGCUCCCGCUCCUCCCGAUCGGGCUCUUCUUCUCCGAACACGUGCUGCAGGUGAUGUGGGUGCGCGGGCCCAGCAUGACGCCCUACCUGAACGAGGACUACGAGCAGAUGCAUACGGCCAGCGACAUGGUGCUUGUGAAUAUGUGGGGCGGUGGCGGGCUGUGGCCGUGGGAGCGGAAGCGGCGGUUGGAGAGGGGGAUGGUUGUUACGUUUCGCUCCCCCGCGAAUCCCCGCCACAUCGCCAUCAAGCGCGUCGUCGGACUGCCCGGGGAUCGUAUCACGACACGUGAACCCUGUCUGAAGGAUGCGCAGGUCGUGCCGUUUAACCAUGUGUGGUUGGAGGGCGAUGCGCGCGAUCCCCGGAAGUCGAUGGAUAGUAAUACCUACGGGCCGGUGAGUUGCAGUCUGAUCACGGGCCGGGUGCUGGCGGUGCUGUGGCCCAGGUGGCGGUGGUUGAAUUGGGAGGAUUGGGAACGGGGGCUUGUGGAGGGCGAUACGGAGCGUCGCUUUGGGGAGGAUUAUCGCCAGGAGGUGAGGGAGCGUGUGGUCAAGGAGGCUGUGAAGUUGGAACGCCCACAAUUGUCGUAG